UCGCUCCCCACACCCGGUACCCGCAGUAGCGCGCGCACGUUGCCGCCUCGGUCUCUUUGUUCGGAAAAGAUGGCGUUUGAGGGGCCUUUGGCGGUCUUCGGGGAGCGGAACACCGGGGAGAACGUCCGCACUCAGAAUGUUAUGGCUGCUGCUUCCAUUGCCAAUAUCGUGAAGAGUUCUCUGGGCCCAGUUGGUUUGGAUAAAAUGUUGGUGGAUGACAUUGGUGAUGUGACCAUUACUAAUGAUGGUGCAACUAUUCUGAAGUUACUGGAGGUAGAGCAUCCUGCUGCAAAGGUUUUGUGUGAACUAGCAGAACUACAAGACAAAGAAGUUGGAGAUGGAACCACCUCUGUGGUAAUUAUUGCUGCAGAACUUUUGAAAAAUGCAGAUGAGUUGGUUAAACAGAAAAUUCAUCCCACGUCUGUCAUUAGCGGAUAUCGUCUUGCUUGCAAGGAGGCAGUUCGUUACAUCAAUGAGAAUCUGGUUAUUAACUCAGAUGAGCUGGGCAGGGAUUGCCUUAUUAAUUCAGCUAAAACAUCAAUGUCUUCCAAAAUCAUAGGAAUUGACAGUGAUUUCUUUGCCAACAUGGUAGUGGAUGCUGCACUUGCAGUGAAAUACACAGAUCAAAAGGGUCAAGCGCAUUAUCCCAUCAACUCUAUUAAUGUUUUGAAGGCACAUGGUCGCAGUCAGAAAGAGAGCAUCCUUGUAAAUGGCUACGCGUUGAACUGUGUCGUGGGUUCCCAAAGCAUGCCCAAAAGAGUAGUUAAUGCAAAGAUUGCAUGUCUUGACUUUAGCCUACAAAAGGCUAAAAUGAAGCUUGGUGUUCAAGUGGUGGUCACAGAUCCAGAGAAACUGGACCAGAUUAGACAGAGAGAGGCUGACAUUACUAAAGAGAAAAUACAGAAGAUCCUGGUUACAGGCGCAAAUGUUAUUCUAACCACUGGUGGCAUUGAUGAUAUGUGUCUGAAAUACUUUGGGGAUGCUGGUGCCAUGGCAGUACGCAGAGUUCUAAAAAGAGACCUUAAACGCAUUGCUAAGGCUUCUGGAGCUACUGUUUGUUCUACUCUGGCAAAUCUGGAAGGUGAAGAAACUUUUGAAGCAUCAUUUCUGGGACAAGCAGAAGAGGUGGUUCAAGAAAGAAUUUGCGAUGAUGAAUUGAUCUUAAUCAAGAAUACGAAGGCACGGACGUCAGCCGCCAUUAUAUUACGAGGAGCAAACGAUUUCAUGUGUGAUGAAAUGGAGCGAUCCUUGCAUGAUGCUCUUUGUGUUGUCAAAAGAGUACUAGAGUCCAAAUCUGUGGUUCCAGGAGGUGGUGCAGUUGAGGCAGCACUUUCCAUUUACCUAGAAAAUUAUGCAACUAGCAUGGGAUCACGUGAACAGCUUGCUAUUGCAGAAUUUGCAAGAUCUCUCCUAGUUAUUCCAAAUACUUUAGCAGUCAAUGCUGCUCAAGAUGCCAUAGAUCUUGUUGCAAAACUCAGGGCGUUUCACAAUGAAGCUCAAGUGAAUCCAGAACGCAAAAAUCUGAAAUGGAUUGGCCUUGAUUUAAUCAAUGGGAAGCCACGUGACAAUAAGCAGGCUGGUGUAUAUGAGCCUACUGUGGUGAAAACGAAGAGUUUGAAGUUUGCAACAGAAGCUGCAAUUACUAUUCUUCGAAUUGAUGACCUGAUUAAACUGCAACCUGAAAGUAAAGGUGAUAAAGGAGGAUGCUACGAAGAUGCAGUACAUUCUGGAGCAAUUGAAGAUUAAAUGGGUUUUUAUUUAACAAUUCCUAUAAAAUUCUUUCUAGUCCUGUAUUUACUAGUGUAUGUUCAUAAAACAAGCUGUCAGAUUCCUGCUUCACUAGGAAAUAAAUGAAAAAUGACCACA